AUGGCAGCGACACAUUCUUUUCCAUCAUUGCCAGCAAAACACCAGGAUCUCAUUGGCUGGAUCAAUAGAAACCAGGAUACACCAAUUGCUCAGCUCCUUAAGCCAUACAACGAGUAUGAAGCUGUCGUACGGAAGCUUUUUGCUCAGGAGCCGUCCCAUCCCGCGCUGCGGGACAAUCACCUCAAUAUCGUGCCGCUCUAUGACACGAGUGGGAAGACCAUUGUUCUAAGUCGGCCUCGAGAUCCGGGUUCAGAGUCAGCCGACCUUCAGGAAAAAUAUAUCAUGCCCCUGAAGGCAGAAUCUCGCAGGGCUUCAGGUGAUCCUGCGGUGGUGUCGAGCUUAGAGGGCUUUCGGCAUAAUUUCAACAUCUUCUCAGAAGGAUCUUUGAGCGACAUGGACUGGAGCAAUGUCGUCGUGGCAGGAAGUGCCGUGGUGACUUGCCUCAUGCCAGUCCCGGAAGAGUACCGUGGCUCAAAGCGUGCCCUACGACAGUUCUACCAUGACAAGUACGCACCCGCAUCUGAUGUCGACCUCUUCCUGUAUGGCUUGACCGAAGAACAAGCAAUCGAAAAAAUCAAACAGAUUGAAGAGAAGAUCAAAAACGCCAUUCUUUAUGAGACGACAACGAUACGAACCAAGAACACAAUUACUAUUGUCUCACAAUACCCCACACGCCACGUACAGAUUGUCCUUCGUAUAUACAAGUCUAUCUCGGAGAUCCUGACUGGAUUCGAUGUUGACUGUUCCUGCGCCGCUUUCGAUGGCAAGCAAGUUUAUGCUUCACCACGUGCCCUUUCUGCAUAUAUCACCCAGACGAAUACGAUCGAUUUGACUAGACGCUCACCAUCUUAUGAGAACCGCCUUUCCAAAUAUUCACACCGAGGCUUUGAAAUAUUCUGUCCACAGCUAGAGCGGAGCCGUAUCGAUCCAACAAUCUAUGAGAGGAGCUUUUCAAGGACCGUUGGCCUAGCGCGUCUUCUAGUGCUGGAAAGGUUACCGAAGUCAUCCGAUAGGGACGCCUAUCUAGAGCAGAGACGAGAGGAGCGUGGCCGCCCGGCUCGACAACAGCAGAUGCGACACCUCAGGUCACUGAAUGGUAACAUUAAAAAUGAUUGGGAAGAUGAAACUCCUGAGUGGAUGGAGGGGGAUGAAUAUUCGGACUAUCAUACUAUGACGAUUCCCUAUGGGCCGAAGUUCCAUGCCAAGAGGAUCGAGCGACUGGUAUAUACGAAGGACUUACUUCUCAAUGCAGAAUGGAACAGACCAAAAGACAGGGACGUCAAUCUGCAUCGGCAUCCGGCAUUUUUUGGUAAUGUGGAGGAUGUAAUCCACGACUGCUGUGGUUCUUGUCCUGAACCUGUGACUCCAGAAGAAAAGGAAGUCGCAGAGAAAGAGGGCAAAAACUACAUCUCUGGAGAUAUCUCAUUCAUUAAAGAUGAUCCCGGACGCCAGGAAAUUGGCAGCUUUAACCCUAUUACAGAGACCGACUGGACAGAGAUGGCUUAUGUGGGCAAUACCGAGCACCUAUGCCAGGCUAUAGUCGACCAUGAUCUUGCUGCUGUCAAGGAGUGGCUUUCUCAAGAAGAAAGAGAUCCCAACGGUCGCGACUAUACGGGACGGACCCCGCUGCAUCUGGCUUGUAUGGCUUCAACACCAAAUAUUGUACAAUGCCUUGUCAAUCACGGUGCGAGAUUAAUUCCUCGCUUGGCAGAUGGCAGGACUGCUCUGCACAUCGCAGCUGCUCGAGGCAAUGUUGAUAUUAUUAGAAUACUGCUGCUAAAAAGCGAAGAAAAUGAAGCCGAAGAGGAUAAAAGGCAGGAGCUUCGCAAAGCAAAAGUAGCCCAAGAUAGUCAGCAUGGAGCCGACGAAGCGCGAACCGAGCCAGAUGACAUCGAAACAGUUAGUAUGGAAGUGGACGCAACCUCAUAUACAUCGGGAUCAUUUGUCAAAGUCCAAAAAGAAGGUGACGAUGCUACCAGCACCGAGAGUCCACCUGAAGAUGAGAAUGUGCAAGAACCAGAUUUCUAUGAUAUAAAUGCCGUGUCCUGGGACAGCCGUACAUCUCCUCUACACCUUGCUAUACUCAACGGCCAUGUUGACGCGGUGGAAGAACUCGUCGCGUCUUUCGGAGCUGACGUGUUGCUCCCCAUAAAGUUGCUGAACAGCCAAAACAACAGCGCAAGAAGUGCAAUUCUGCCACUAGUACUCACGCUUCAACUCCCUCUAGAAAAUGCCAAAGCGAUGGCCAAGAAGCUUCUACAGUUGGGUGCCUCACCAGCCCAGGCUGACCUCAAAUACAACACGCCAUUACACUACAUUGCUGCCUCAACAUAUGACGACCUUAUUGAUGUCUUCCUCGAUCAGAACAAGCCAGUCACACUGAAAGCGAUUAACCACCUUGCCUUUGUUGGAUAUUCCUGGAACCCUAAUGCCUACUCCGCAUUUAUGACCGCAAUCAAUACGAAGAAUCCAAUCGGUGCAUUGAAGCUUCUCCAAGCUGGUGCUGAGCCCUCGAUCGACUUUGGGGAGUUUGUGAAGUCUGGUCAGGUACUGGACAGCAUACGUAAAAACUCAUCAGAAAGGAAUCGUGAGAUUUUCAGACAGAACUUUACGCAGCCCGUGAUUCUAGCUGUUCAGAAAGAAUUACCAGAAGUGGCUCUAGAACUAGUGACUCGUGGGGUUGAUCCGAACACUCUCCAUGGCACAUCUCUCUUGGACUGUGUUCGUGAUAAGAUUAAGGAAUUGCAGGGAUACCAAGGCGAAGUGGUUGGACUAUCUGCGCCACGGCCACUUGAGCCUGAUUCCUUCUACCUGAACGAUUUUGAAGCUAACACAUAUCAAUUGUGGACGGCGGAGCGGGAAUUGAGCAAGGCAAAGAAAUCAUACGAGAAAAGGCUGAAAGCAUAUGAACAAAGAAUCAGUGAUUCUCAGAACAGGAAAGGGGUCGAGUCGAAGCUGCACUCGAUACGGGACCUAGUUGAACGAUACGAGAAGUUAGAAACUGCCCUGUCCGAGAAAGGCGCCAAGACGUUCAAGGAAUUGUUUCCCGAUUUUGAAACACCGAAUGAUGACGAUGGGUCAUCGUCGCCAAACAGGAACCGUGAUGACCCUUUCGAACUGGAAUUUACAUUCAAUAUCUCUGAUCUCACUGAUGAAAGGAAGGGUGGAUACAUCAAACUUUUUGAGGCAGCUUGGCAUGGUGACUUAGACACCAUUAAGUCUCUCACACUGGCCAUGUGGGGCGACGGUAAUGGACAGCCUCCAUUGCGAAUUGCUAUAACAGACUCUAAUAGACUCUCCCCCUUUUCAAUCGCAGCACUUCGGGGUCACCUGGAUGUGGCGAAAGCAAUCCUGAAAAUUGUUCAAGCACAGUAUAAAGAAGAGGAGCCUAGUGGCCACGAGAGGUUUGAGAUAGGCAGUGAUUGCAGUGGUGAAGACUUGGAGGAUAGUGGCAAUCUUCGCAUCUACAGCGAGAUUGUUGAUGAUAAGUUUACCAUAGACGACAUAGGUGAAGUGGCCACACAGGUGGAGAGCCAUAUUACUCCACUUCAGGUACUAAAGUGGUAUUGCCCAAAGUCCGAAUGGUUCACCAGCCCGGAAGUCAAGGCUAAAUGUCGCGAGAGCCCCUUUGGCAGGCCAUCUGACCUCUUCGAGUAUGCCAUUUGGAUGGACAAUGUCAAGUUGCUUGUCUUCUUACUUGAAAUUGGAGAAGAACUGGCUUCUAUGGACACCAGUUCUGAGUUCACCGCUUUUGGAGUGGCGAAUAAAACAGUUCAUCUAGCUAUAGCAGAGGGUCGACUCCGCUGCCUUGAAGAACUUAUCAGGAGAGCAGGAGCGGACCUCCCAUUGGAUGCUCUUGUCCAGGAAAGCGGCGUUCAGGAUCAUGAAAAGCCAAAAUACUACCAAGGGCUCUCUAUCCACGGAAAGAAGAGAGCAGACUGGGCAGCUGCUGGGCGCGGACAACUGCGCAAUCCCGCGAAUAAAAGCUCACCCUUACUUGUUUCAGCCGUGCUGGGCAGUCUGAAGAGCACUGAAUGGUACAUGAGCACUGCCCCGAGCAGACAUUAUCUCGAGUUUUCCGCGUCUCAUGAGCAGGACCAUAGGCUGAAGCUCCUAGCAAAGUCAACGAGUGGCAUUGAGAAAUCUCUCAUGAACUGGCUAAAUGCAACAAACAAUCUGGUCUUGCAUUGCGCCAUUCUUUCUACACCGACGUUGGAAUCCCGACGCCUUGUCGAGUAUCUUGUUCGGGAGGUUCCGGAGUGCCUCGAGACUAGGUCCGCAGGGAGAUACACCCCAUUGGCCCUUGCGUACUCUCUGAAUAGAGCAGAUUAUGCCGAUAUUCUUAUAAAAGCAGGUGCAAGCCAGACAGUUCGGGAUAGCAGAGGUAACAACCUCAUACAUCUGUUGCUGUGUGGAGUCGAUGGCGACACCUCAGGAAAGCCAAGCAAUAUAGAGAAACUUCUUGGCUUGCUUGAUCCUCGAGUGGUUCCUUCAUUACUACUGGAGCGUUCAUCGGAUGAACCAGGAUCUGUCACUCCAUUUUCCCGCUGGAUACACCACGCCUCUUUUAAAGGAUCCGACGCAGAUAGGCUGACUGAUAUCGGACGCAUUCUUCUCCAGUUUGCUGAAAGCACGGGACAGAAACACUUGGAACUGCUUGAUGGCACAGGUAAUACACCUGUGCACUACGCAGUGAAACAUGAACUCGUUCGGAUUCUCGAGCUGAUGAUGGACCGUCGUCCUGACUUACUCUAUUGUGAGAAUGCCACUGGAAGCACACCGCUAGAGCUGGAAGAGGACGCUUGGACACUUAGAACAACCUCGGACCCACCCAGCUUUCGAAUUCGCGAUCGAUCUUGGAAUGGUCGCUGGAUAACGAGGGCAAACAUGGUUGAUGUGGAUCCAGAGUCCUUCCUUCCCGACUCAUGCCCACCGGAGAAGAGCUUACGCGACGUGUGCCGUGAAAGGGCUAGCGGCCGACCGGAAAAGCGGAAGCUAGUCACUUUAAAUGAAGCGAACGAGGUGGCAAAGCGACUCGCCGCACAGAAGUCCAGUCGAUGGGGACAACGUCAGAGUCAGUGGUUUACAGAAACGGACCAAGUGGCGAGAUGGUAUGGCCGAUCUGAUCGAAAGGACGAGCUGGCCGACGUCAUGGAAACUUAA